AUGAACAACCAAUUAAUAGAAAAAAUUAUAUUAUGCAAUGAUGGAAAUUUCUGUGAAUUCACUUAUUCCAACCCACUUCUUGAUAAAAAUGUAACAAAAUCACUAUCAAAGAGCUUCGUGAAACUUCUAAAUAUAUCUAAGGAUAAUAUUAACGAAAACAAUAAUUUAAGACACACAGUGUUGGAAAAUAUCCGAAAAGUAUGUAAAAUCGAACCAGAAGGACAUGUGAAAGUUAAUGAAGAUGUAACUGAAAUCUUAACAAACUUUUAUGAACAACAAAUAGGAAAUAUAAACUAUACUCAAGCUUUAGAUGUUAAUAAACAGCUCGAUGCUUUUUUAAUUAGAAAAUGGAAAGAAACAAAUCUUAACACAUCCUUUAAAUCUAAUGUAAAUCCUGAAGUAGCACAAGCAUUACUAAAUUUAGAUGAAAAAAUUGAUUUCAAAAGCACAUUAAUAGGAGAUAUAAUUCACUGGAAUCAACAUGACAGAAAAUAUUUAAAAGUACUUAAAGACAUAUGGAAUAGAAAUAAAAUAGAUGAAGCUAAUUGUGACAAAAAUAGCAGAUUUGAUGAUACCUCAAUAAAGAUCAAAUCAGAAAUUGAAAGAUGGUUACUUGAAAUUUUAUAUAAUGUACUUGAAGAUAACAGUUUUAAUGUUGAUGAUUUAAUUCUUUCUAACAGUAACUACAGCACUUUAAUUAAAUAUUGUUCAGUCUCAGCUGGAUGUUUUCAAAUGUGUAUAGGUAUAUUAAAUUGUAUUUUCAUAAAAACCAAUCUACAAUUAUCAGUUCAAAAGUUAAUUUGUUCAUUUGUUACAAAUGUCAAAUUAGCUUGUAAAGUAACAAUAUCUAUAUUGUACCCAACACAUUUAAAUCAUAUAGUAACUUUAUUAGAUAUCAAUUUAGAUGAAUUACCGCUCACUUUAAGACAAAACUAUGUUCAGAACACUCGGAAAUAUUUGAAAAUUUUAAAUGACGAGUCUGAGACUGAUUUAAUCAUGUUGCUUUCACAUUUUCCUCAUUGGUAUAGUUUUUAUUUUAAU